UGUGAUCUUGGUGUGGUCUGUCGUAGAUCUAGAUAUGUCUCUCGUACGUGCUUGAUAUGGCCAUAUCACGCCGUAAUAUUAAUUAGGUUUCGAAAUAUAUGAUGAAAUCAUACCUAUUUCGAGUAAAAUGAAAGAAAAUGAAAGAAUUAUGAUUGUCAGUAUGUUGGCAAGCCCCCCCUGUAAUACGCGAAUUAGUCGUCUCUAUCAAGAUAGAUUAGAUUAAUCGUGGAUUACCUAUAUUCCGCUGUAGUUCGGCCGGAGCGUAUGGGCCUUGAGGAGCGAUUCCAAACAAUAGUCUGCUAAAGACUAUGUUUGGGGAACUACCAGUGAAUAUAUAGUCUCAGCUUCAUGCUUUGAGCGAAAGUCACGCUGGCGCUGUCUGCCGCCAAUCGUGGGCUUCAGUUUCAGUUCGCUUGCGAGGCGCAAGCGCUACCACGCUAGAGACGCUUGGUUUUUUUGCACAGCGUCGCUUAACGAUGACGUCAAACUUCUAUGGUAGUUUGGGCGCGCAGUUGUUUGGUGCGAACUACAAUGCGAGCGUCCUUUCCAGCAACAACAAGCGUUCUGCUGACAUCGAUGAAGAACCGCGUGCGUAUCCGGGUGCCGCGUCUUCUUCAUCAUCUUCUUCUUCUUCUUGCGUCCGGAGUGGGCCGAAGGUAGCCAGAAUUGAGGAAUGGCCGCAAACUUCUUCAAGCUCAUCUUCAUCUUCCUCAAAGUUGUUGCGGAGUGCACCAUUGAAAAAGCCUGCACCUGAAACAGGAAGUGCUGAGGACAUCAUCAAAGCGCUCGGUGGUGAUCCACUUGUCAAUGGGAAUGAAGAUGAUCCUUUCGAUGAUGGUGACGAUGAGAAGGAGGGCGACGCACUGGCACUCGCGCCUCGCAAGAAUCGCCGGAGGAAGCGAAAGGCGCAAUAUAUUCCACCUGUUGCGCAAGCUGUGAAUAAUGCAGACUCACCGGGUGAGAUGCCCACUAUCGCAAGUCUUGCUGUAAAGUUGAGGAUAAAAAAGCAACAGGCAUACCCGUUCGGAGAGCGACUCUACAUAGGAGUCCUGGCAUUGAAGCUUGCUGCAGACGGGAAGGUAUAGCCCUUCUAUGUUUCUAGAUCUACUAUCUAAGUCAUACGAGCUCGCAUCGCUCGAUAAAUUCCUUAUAUGCAAGGACUCGCUUUCUCGGCAAGAUUAUGGUGACUCGGUGCAUUCACGAUAUAACGACCAGGCUUAAUUGAGUAAGAACCUAAUGUCACAGACUAAGUGCUUUCGCUACCGUGCGUCCAUCUACUUAUCUUGAAUACUUACUUUACACCCAGGGGCGUGGGCGGUUGCAUGUUCCCUCGGCGGCGCGAAUUAUAUUCCAGAAUCCGCAGGUGGGACGGAAAUACAUAGACCUGGUGUCACGGUGCAUGGAGAUGGGCAGGAAUGAGUUUUCUCAUUCUGAGCGCAAGGAUUUAUUUCGGAGUUUUACUGCUGAGUCGAUAAAAAGCGUCGUUGCUGAAAAAUUUGGGAAAGCCGAAAUUGAACGAUUGCGGGCGCCAGGAGGUUUUACUAACUUUUAUAUCUAGUACGCACUUGCUUCUGAUGUCGUUCUCUUUUCAAUCAGGUUUACUAUUUACUUAGAUUUACUUCACACGAAAAUCACUAGACUACCGUCGGCACCUGCCUCGAUUGCCAUCUAUUUCUAAAUAAUCAGGUGGCCGAAAAGUUAUCAAUGCAGGACUACACGAAGACCUUUUCGACCUGUUCCUCCACCUCCGUACACUUGGCACGAAAACAAUUAUGGCAGGCGUUGCUGCAUUGAGUGAGAAUGAAUUAGUCUGGGAGACGAGGCGUCUGAUAAUGGGAGGCUCCUGCUUAAAAUUAGGCACUUACUUACUCUGGGUAGUGGUAGCUACUUCUGUUGAGCUUUAUACAGUGCUCCGAACUAAGAAAACUGAAACCAAGUAGGCAAAUGUAGUCAAGCACUGGGGCAACCACUUGAAUGACCUUCAUUGCGGCGUGCACGUUUAUGAUGCAGAUUGCCAUGGAGCUCGGAAAGCAAAAGCGCGACAAAGGAGAGAGCGUUCCGGUGAUUACUCGGGACUGGGUGACGAGAUGGGCUUUUAAGGAUAAGGAGAUGGAUCAUGAUCAAUAUUGUUAACUGGCAGCUAGUGGCAUAAGUGCUGUCGUUUGCGUGCCAUAGGCCUUUAUUUUUUUCCAUUUGGCGUGGUCAUGUUUUGUUAGUUUCAGAAGGUCAAGGAAGUGCUUGCUUGAGACUAAGUAGUUAUUGCUUCUCUACCAUGAUGCCGGGCCGACUAAGAACUUACUUCUCGUCAUCUCUAACCUAAUGUCUUACGGCCUGGCACUGAGGAUGCCAAAUUCACGACCGAAACUCUCCGAGGAGGAAGCUGCGUCGCGGUAGCUGCUUACUUUUACAGAAACUCUUCCUAAUAUGAGAUCGAGACUGUGGCAAUUUUUAUAGUAAAAAACUAUUGACGAGUAAUGAUAAGCGUGUAGUCUGCAUCUAAGUACUUACUUUUAUAAAUUGGCUUUGAUUCGUCUUGAACGCGCGACAUUUGCGUCUUGACUUGAGAUCUUCGAUUUGAUCACAGAGUCUUAUCAACGUGGAAGACCAGUUGGUCGGUGUUGACGUUUUUGCGACGACUCGGCUACGGGGUCCGUUAUGGUGGGCUAAUAGUACUGCGUCUACUACUUCGCUACCUUUACUUACUUAUUUAUUUGAACUCCUUGUGCGGAUCAGGAUCACACGAGUCUCAGCAUCAGAAUCUUCUUCGUCGUGAGUAAGUGCUCAGCGCUAGAUAUAGAGGUAGAGACUUCGGGGCGGCGGCAUGUCGUCAAUUCGUAUUUUUCUAAAUACUUAGGAAAUAGAACUACUUACGCUGCAUGCCUCUAACUCUCAAUCAGAGCGCUCGACGAAAAGCCCCUAUUCAUGAACAGCACGAGUGAGGGCAAGAUCCUGGCGCAGUCGGGUAGCCGGACGGUGACAGUCUGCGAGUUAAGGUCUGUCUUUGCUAAUAGUGUGGCUGGAGUAAGUGCAUUAUCUAAGUACUUAGGCUGUUGCCCUCGCAGCUUGCCUCUGUUUCAACUGAAAAGCAGCGAGACGGGCCGUCUCUUUUUCGGAUAAGGAGACUCAUCGGCAUCGUCUAACGUGUGCACAUGGGCAGACGCGGAGUAGAUACACGAUGCUAA